AUUCGUCCACGCCCCUCAGGCCCAGACGGAUAAGAGGAGCCCCUGCGGGGGAAGCCUGCACCCCGCUGGCUCGCGGAGCCCGGCGUCAAAGCCCCGCCCCCUCGGGGUUGCAGGAACGCUCUGCGCGCGUCUUUGGGGAGGUGGGGCUGGGUGGGCGCGCUGACGGGAGGCCGCGGGCUCUCUGCACCCGCUCUCCCUCUUCUCUCUACCCUCACGGCUCUGGCUGGAUCGUCUGCUGGUGGCCGGAUUCCCUGCUAAACACUUACCAUUUUGGAGUUUAAAGUAUGUCAUCAUGGCAAAAUUUCGAAGAAGGACUUGCAUCAUUUUGUCACUUUUUAUUCUGUUUAUUUUCUCCCUGAUGAUGGGUUUAAAAAUGCUGAGACCAAAUAAAGCUACUUUUGGAGAUCCUUUUGGACUUGAACUUCUUCCAGAACUUCAUCAACAAACUCACUUAGGGAAAAACCUUGAUUCCCAAAACAAUGACAAAAUCAACAGUGAAACAAAUAUCAAGAAUUUAAAAAGUGUUGAAAUCACUCUGAAACCUUCCAAAGCCUCUGAACCUUACCUGGAAGAGCUGCGACCUCUGAAUUAUUAUUUGCAUGUCUUUUAUUACAGUUGGUAUGGAAAUCCACAAUUUGAUGGUAAAUAUAUACAUUGGAACCAUCCAAUCCUGAAGCAUUGGGACCCUAGAAUAACCAAGAAUUAUCCACAAGGGAAACAUAAUCCCCCGGAUGACAUUGGCUCCAGCUUUUACCCUGAGUUGGGAAUUUACAGCUCUCGAGAUCCUUCUGUCAUUGAAACUCACAUGAAACAAAUGUACUCAGCUUCAAUUGGUGUACUAGCCCUAUCUUGGUACCCACCUGGUACAAAUGAUGAAAAUGGAGAAAAUACUGAUGAUUUGGUACCAACUAUUUUGGAUAAAGCUCAUAAAUAUAAUCUGAAGGUCACUUUUCACAUCGAGCCAUAUAGCAAUCGGGAUGAUCAAAACAUGUACAAAAAUGUCAAAUAUAUUAUAGACAAGUAUGGAAAUCAUCCAGCCUUUUAUAGGUACAAGACUAAGACUGGCAAUGCCCUUCCUAUGUUUUAUAUCUAUGAUUCCUAUAUCACAAAGCCUGAAAAAUGGGCCAAUCUGUUAACCACCACAGGGUCUCAAAGCAUUCGCAAUUCUCCUUAUGAUGGACUGUUCAUUGCACUUCUAGUAGAAAGCAAACAUAGGUAUGAUAUUCUACAAGGUGGUUUUGAUGGAAUUUACACAUAUUUUGCCACAAACGGCUUUACUUACGGCUCAUCCUAUGAGAACUGGGCAGGGCUAAAAUUUUUUUGUGAUCAGUUCAACCUACUGUUUAUCCCAAGUGUGGGCCCAGGAUACAUAGACACCAGCAUCCGUCCGUGGAACGCUCAAAAUACUCGGAACCGAAUCAGCGGGAAGUACUAUGAAACUGCCCUGGGUGCCGCACUCCAUGCCCACCCCAGUGUAAUUUCCAUCACCUCUUUUAAUGAGUGGCACGAAGGAACUCAGAUUGAAAAAGCUGUUCCCAAAAGAACCAGUAAUACAGUAUACCUAGAUUACCGUCCUCAUAAACCAAGUCUUUAUCUAGAACUAACUCGCAAGUGGUCUGAAAAAUACAGUAAGGAAAGAGCUGCUUAUGCAUUCGAUCAUGAGCUGCCUCUUUCUUAAUGCAUUUAUAAUUCUAGAAAUCAAUAAAUAUUUUUUGUUUUAGGAAUAACUGUCAAUCAGUAUACACUGAUACACUUAAUAAAAAGAAUUUGUUCUUUUUUAAAAAUGGUAAUGUCCUCAUUGCCACCCUUCACAAUGCUGCACUGAAAAAAUGAGAGAAAAGUGCACAGUGUUCUGAAUUUGCAGUUGAAAUUCUACUUUGAUACUUUCAUUUCACAGUAAAUGCUUGUGUUACAUAAUUAGUGCACAGUUACAUCAAACUUGUAUUCUGGGCCCAAAGAAAUAGAUUGUGUGCAUAUUUGGUAUGUCUACUGAGGAAAAUAAGGCUUAAACGAUAGUGUACAUGUUUCAUGUAGAAUUUUUUCAGUGAUUCAGUCAUCCAGAGUUUGAACACUAAAGUCUCCAAUAAAAAUACUUAAGGGAAUGUAAUCAUAACAUCAGUCUUACUGUGAAUCCUAUUGUGUGAGGAAGGCCUGCAUCAUCCUUUGAGGAAUUUUGAUAAACCAUAGCACGCUUGGUGUUUUGUCCGUCUAAUGUGUCUGCUUCACAUCGAUGAAUUACAGAUUUUAGAAGCUGUGGAAAGUUGUUUCAUAAAAGUUAACAAUUGCUUAUCAGUUAUUAAGAAAACAUAGUUCACAAUUGUUAUUCAUGUUUUUAAAAUUCAAUGUUAAUCAGAGACCAACUGUAUCAAUUUUUUUUUUCUUUCUUGUUUUUCUUCUUGUUUUUAGCUAUUUUUACCAAAAUAGAGAAAAUUUACUUAGCAUUUUAAGGCCAUGGAAGUGAAAAUAUUUUUAUAUCUUAAAUCCAUUCCUACAUUUUACUUUUACCAAUUUAAUGAUUGAAAUAAUCUCAUUUAAAAUACUUUAUUGUAUGUAAUAACAUCCCCGUGUGUAAAAACAUCAUACAUUCAUGGUACCUAUCACGUUUAAUGCUUGUGAUCAGUUGUUUGUCAUAUUGUGACAAAUUAAUCUACCUGUAUGCUAAUAAUGAAUAUAUUUUUUUUAAUGCUUAUUUAUUAUUGAGAGAGCACGAGCAGGGGAGGGGCAGAGAGAGGAGACUACAGAAUCUGAAGCAGGCUCCAGGCUCUGAGCAAUUAGCACAGAGCCUGACACAGGGCUCAAACUCACAAACCAUGAGAUCAUGACCUGAGCCGAAGUCGAACACUUAACCGACUGAGCCACCCAGGCACCCCAACAAUGAAUCUCUUUAAUAAUAGAGUAUAUGUCAUUCUCCAGUUCUUAUAGUUAAUAUUUGUAAUUAGAAAUAUAGUAAAAAAUAUAUGCUUACAUGAAUAUUAUUUAUUAAAGAGAAGCAAUUGGGCAGUACUAAUCAAAAAUACAUAUAAAUCUUCAGGGUUUAGAGAUACUCAUACAGAAAUAAAUUAACAACAGUAGAAUUAACAGUAAAUUAACAAUUUAUCAUAAAAUAGUCCAUCAGGUGAUGAAAUUUAUUUUCAAUCAGUGAUUUUGAAGUAAAAUUUCUUUGAAAAGAGGCAAGAUUAGUGUUAAACUUAUAACUUAAUUUGCCAUUUCUCAGAAUGAUCAGACGAUGGGAAAUUAGUACAAUAAUAGUAAUCCACUUCUCAGAAAAUGACAAGAAUAAAUCACUAUAAUGAUGUAAGCAAGCAUCUUCAUAGGACCACUCAUACAGAUAGAACCUGUGGAUUUUUUUUUCUUCUAUCCAGUUAGCCACUGUAUGCUAUCCUAGGGAUGAAUUCUAAAUACAUCAUGCCUAAUAAUCACACUGUAUUAAAUUUUGAAGAAUGCUACAGAGGAGUUUUUGACAUUGCUUGUACUAUAUAUUUGAACCUACUGUGACAGAAAAGUUUUGUGAAAUGGUUCUGAUUAACGGAAAGUGGAUAAAAACAAGGUCAGCAAAUCCUCAACACAAAUACCAUCACUUCCUAUUUUGCUCUCAUUGCAGACCUAGAUAAUCAACAGCAUGCUUUACCUCUGAACUUGACCCCAUCCAGCCAGUAACAAUCAGACUUCAAAGUAAGAUAAAACAGAUUCUGUCUUCAGUGCAGAAAGUUAUUCUCAAGGGAAGAAUGUUUGGAAUCUGAUAUAAUGGUUUAAGAAUUUAUAUGAACAUCGUGUGUCUUUUCACCUGUUAAAAAAAUUACUAGGAAUCA